GUUCAUCCAGCCUCACACUUUGUUAUCUCGGAUUCUCCAGCAUCUGCAGUUCCCAUUAUCUAUAGAAAACAAGGGGUUGUUUCAUCCGGUCUUUAACUGCAGCUGGACAUUUUACAAAACAUACAGAAGAGAAACUUGCAGGAAAGAGGGGGGAGGGGGAAUAAAGAGGAACCAACAUAUACAGUUGACUGCCACCAGGAAAGAAACAGAGUGGAGUAAAGUCCCGCCUUCCCCCUCAGUGAGGUGCAGGCAGACAGUGAUGGAGCUGGAGCCGGGCCCCGGGGAAGAGGCGCUGCUGCGUGCCCUGGGUGAGCUGUCGCGGGCCGGCAGGGCGAUCCUAGCUGCGGCCAAGGCGGACAGCUGUGGAGGACGAGGAGCGGCUCCUGAUUCAGAAAUGUUGCAAGAGUUUGUUUCUCAGAAGAUAGGACGCAUGGGUGGAAUGAUUCACUUGUAUGCAAACUUUCUCAACAGUUUGCAUGUGCACAAGAGAAGUGAGGCCGAAGACCUAUGGGAGACGUUUUAUCACUCUGCUUCUGUCCGGGAUCACGUGGAAGAUUUGAUACAAUUUGAGCUGGAGUGGAACAGCUUCCUGAGUGAGGUGGAUGCCAGAUUAAAGGCUAACUGUUUACAGGCCCAGUUGAAAUUGGGAACACAGGUUCCUGGGCACAUGACAUUCACUGAAGCGAGAAGUGGAAGGGAAGUUCGACUUGAUGAGAUCCUCCAGCAUCGGCAGAAGCUGUUGCUUGUCUUGCUGAGACAUUUUGCAUGACUGCCGUGACGAGAUCAUUUGGCACAGCUUCAGAAGAAUCAGAGCAGUCUGGAUGCUGUGCCACUGAAGGUUCUAGUGAUCUCGUUUGGCUGCCGUGAAGGUGCACUCCAGUGGCUUCAGGAGACAAAGUGUCCCUAUGACAUGUUGUUGGAUCCCAGUCGCCAGUUGUAUCAUGCAUUUGGUUUGGGAGCCUCCGUUGAAAAAGUCUGGAAUGUCAGUGUACUUACCUACUAUGCUGAACAAGUAGUUUGCAGUCGCUCCUUGCCAAAGAAAAUAGAAAACAUUGUGGAUGAUCCUCACCAGCUUGGUGGUGACUUUGGUUUGAAUCAGAAUGGGACCGUGAUCUUCUUCCACCCCAGCAGCAACCCAACUGACAGACCUGACUUAUCCGAAAUACUGCAUGCCAUGCAAUAAAGCUAGUCAUGUAGGACAGUGAAAAUAUUUUUACUUGGAGAGGGUUCCUUGAUCCUAGGUUUUGUUCAGUUAAUCCACACAAGACAUUAAAGAGGCUAACAAAUAAUUAAUGAUAGAUUUGACUGUCAUAAAGCAACGAAGGGUUGCAUUUUGUUCAGGGGCACAUUUGGCAGUGGGAGAUGGUGGAUAUGGUUGGGAUCCAUUGACAUCUAGGAGAAGAUCAAGGACGAAAGGUGGUCUGAUUUUCGGAUGAUUUCACUGCAGCUGAUUUCUGUCAGAAUUUCCUCAUGGUGCUUUGAGGAAAAUUGACUGGGUUCAAGAAGGGUCAAGAAUUACUCACUCGUUAUGAUCAUCUGUCUCUUUAAACAAAAUGCUGGGAAAACUGGAGUGGGCCACUGAUUUUCUUUUCUCACAUUGCCCACCCAUUCUAAGAUGCUAAGAACUGAACACAGUAUCUGAAUUGACACAGGUCAAGUAUUUUGGCAAAACUGACUUGGAAGUUUAAUUGUUCUUCCUUUGAUUUCAUUUUUCAAUGAACAGCAUCCAAUGUGAAGAAUUUAGUGUUUUUAGUAUGAUGUGGGGGAGGUGGUGAACAGCUGUUGUAAAGGGUCCUUGCUUCUUUUGUGUGUAUGAAGGCAGUGCUAUCACUCAGGGCGUCUGAAUGGUACUGCUUGAUGUAAAACAGGUCAGCACGACUCCUUAAAACACGAGGCAUCUACUUACAAGUUCGGUCACUGUGAUUGAUAACUUGGCAAUGAAACAAUUCAUUAUUAAAAGAUUGAAUACGUCUUGAUUUUUCUAUUACUUAAUUCACAUUGCUGCAGAAAGUCAAAGGAUAUAUCUUUUGUGAUAGUCUAAAAUAUUUUGUAGGUGAAUCAGUAAAUACUUAUUCACAAAGAGCUAACCAUUCUGUCUGUGUGACAUUUGUUCCAUUCUCUAUGCUGUUUGUGAAUGUUAUUCUCUCUUGGCACUCAUUGGUAUCAGGUUCCAGCAGUUCACUGGAUUGAAACACACUGUAGUCUGUUAGAAACUAGUGCCUGACCAGCAUCUGUUAAUGCCCAUGGUUAGUGACCAGUGUCUAUUAAUGGUCAGUGUCACUGACUGGUGUCUGUAUUUCCCCAGUAUCUGUAUCAAUGUCAGUGUCACCUGUUAAUGCCUAGCAUCACUGAACUAAUAAAAUGCCUUA